AUGGAAUGUCAGGGACUUUUUCGCAGUCAUAUGCAUCUCAACGCUCUCGAAGAGAUGAUCUGCGUGGAAAGUCGGUAUUUUAACAUCAAUCGAAUUCUCUUACUUACGGUUGGCUUAUGGCCUUACGCACAAUCCAAACUCGUUCGAACGCAACUGAUUUUACUCUAUGGCAUUCUGACAAGCUUCAUUGUAUUUCAACUUAUGAUAUUUGUGACUUCAAGAUACACUCUACAAUAUGCCAUCAAAAUUCUUUCUGUCACAUCUUUAUUCAUUUUCUAUAUUAUACAAUACAGCAAACUGUCCUUUAACAUGGAUGUCGUGAAACAUUUAUUUAUCCUACUUCAAUGUACCUAUAACGAGCUAAGGGAUGAAAGUGAAGUUGCCAUUAUAGAAAAAUAUUGGAAUAUUGGAAGACGUUACACUGAAAUGCUUACACUGCUUGCUGCGUCUUGCAUAAUUGCCUUUAUUCUUUCUCCAUUUCUACCGCAAAUUUUCGCCGCUGUGUUGUCUGGGAACGAGUCGCGGCUACACAUUUCGCUACAAAUCGUCACGGACUAUUCUAUUGAUCAAGAAAGAUAUUUUUACUUAAUUAUGUUAUAUACCAAUAUAGCAUUUUGCAUAGGAAUACUAGCAUUGUUAGCGACGGGAACAAUGUGCAUAACGUAUGUUCAACAUAUUUGUGGAAUGUUAAGGAUUGCUAGUUAUCGUAUGGAGAGGAUCAUGAAAGUCGAUACUCGAUCAAUAAGCGCUCCAAAAAGUGCAAAUUUAAUUUACAUGGGUAUUGUGUAUGCUGUGGAUAUGCAUCGCAAAGCUAUAAAGUUUAUAAAAAUUUUUAUUUUCUCGAUUAAUAAAUUUUUGUUCUUCCUUAUAAUGGACGGUUUACUUACAGCAAGUCUCAAUCUUUAUCAAAUUUUUCAGGAAUUGUCAUUUGAAUGUUCUGUCGCAAAAAUUAUACAACAUUCUAUUUUUUUGACAAUCUACUAUAUAUAUACUUUCGUCGCCAACUAUUGUGCGCAACAAAUUAUGGAUCAUAAUAAUCAUAUAUUUGCUACUGUGUACAAUGUUCAAUGGUAUAUAGCUCCCUUACAUAUACAAAAGCUGAUACUAUUUCUGUUACAAAGAGGAACUAAGACUUUUGAAAACCUAGUAAUUAUUGGUGGAUUAUUUAUAGGAUCCUUAGAAGGCUUUGCCACGUUGGUCAGCACGUCAGUUUCGUACUUUACAUUUCUUUAUUCCACGAAACAAUAACAUAUGAUAUCGAUGAACUAAUAUUAUAUAA